AUGAUGAAAUAUUUUAUAGUAUCAAUUCUAUUCACAACCUUAUUCUCAUGCCAAGUUUAAUUUAACAAUGACAUAAAAUAUGAUUUCAGCAAAGCUAAAGCAAUUAAUUUGGUUUAUGGAAAUGAUGGAAAUUCUUUAUACAUUACUUUAUGUGGACUUUUAGACUAUAAAUGCGAAAAAUAAAGCAACAAACGAAUUUUAGAGGAAAUAAAUUCUGAAUCUGGUACUACAUCAUCAAGUACAACAACAACUAGUACUGAAAGCACAAGUGAAAAUAAAUCAACAACAGAAACUAAAAAUGAUGAAAAUAAAGAAGGUGAAAAUAGUAAUAGUAGUUCUUCCACAACAAUUGAUACAAAAACUCCACCAGAAACAGAUGAUAAAAUUAGUGAAUCUUAAGUAAUAGAAAAUAAAACAGAUGAUGAUGAUGAUAAGGAAAAUAAAAAUGUUCUUAAAAUAAUAGAUAAGGAUUAAUCAUAAUCACUUAUAGUUUCAGAAAAGAACACAUGUACACCUUUUUCUGAAUAAAGUAAUGUAGAUGCGAAUUAAUUAAAUUUAUUAGUUGAUAAUAAACCAUUUUAAGGAUUAAUAAUUGAAAGAAGAGGUAUUGUAGAAAAAGAGACUUUUAAAUUACAAUUAAAAUGUUCUGAAUCAGAUAUAAUGACAGUUGAAGAUUGGAAUAAAGAUGGAUAUUUAUUUAUUCUUACUUCAUCAUCUGCUUGUCCAAUAUUAGUUUAUAAUCCUAUGACUUAAUUUUUUAUAGAUUUCAAAUGGUUAUUUUGCAUAAUACUUUGGGUAGUAGGAAUAUUCUUAGUACUUUUAGGAUACUAAUUAGCAUAAUUGUCAUCUAUGAUUUUAGGUUCAAUAAUGGGUUUUGGUUUUACUACAAUUAUAAUUGGAGAAGCAGCAUUAAAUAGUGAGUCUAGUAAUGCAGCUUUAUGGGUUGUUGUAGGAUCUGGUGUAAUAGUAGCAUUUAUAUAUUUUAAUACUUCAAUGUAGAGAUUCUUUUUCCUUUUAUUUAAUUUUGGAUUUAGUGUUGGUUUAAUAAUAUCAUUGAUGAUUCAAUCAUUAUUUUACUAUUAAAUAUAGACAGAUUUAAUGUUCUUUCCUUUAACAAUUUCAAUUAUAGUUUCUGGAGUGAUACUUGGAUUACUUGGUCUUAGAUAUAAUCUUUAGAUGGGGAUUGUAUCAACUUCAUUAGUUGGAGUAAUAUCUAAAUAAUAACUUAGUCCUACUGCAUUAUUAGACCAAUAGGAUUUAUUGCUGGAGGUUAUCCAAAUGAAUUAUUAUUAACUAAAUAAGCUGAGUAUGGAUUUAAUAUAGAUAUUGGUUAUUCAGUUUAUAUUUACAACAGUAUGAUUAUCUUAGUGGCUGUUUUCUGUGGUAUCUAUUAAAGAAAAUAACAUCUUAAAAGAGUAGCUUUAGAUGAUCAAUUAUAAGCUGAUAUCAAAUAUUAUGAAAUGGGUAAUGUCGAAGAUGAAGAAAAAUAAGUAUAUUUUUCUAUUUAUUAUUUAGAAAAGAUAAAGUAAAAAUAGUGAUAAGAAUGUGACUGUUAUUUUUGCAAAACAUCUUGAAAAUUAAGGUGAAGAAUUAUAGGAUAAAAAAAAACGACACUCUCAUCUAACAGGUAGUGAUAUCAAUGAUUGA